CACUGUAUAGUAUAUACUAUUGACUACUGCACCACUCUAAAUCUCUAAUCUUCUUUCCUCACUCUGACUACGUGGUCCAUCCUAACCGAGUGAAAAGCCCAUAAAAGAGACACAUUUAGGGUAAGGAAUUGAAGAGAAGAAAAAAGUGAAAGCCUAAAAUGGAUUGGAAUGAGAGCACAAGACCCUUUGUUCCUCAUACUGAGUCUUCCUUAAGCUUCUUCUACAACUAUAACAACACCCCUUAUUCAGGAAUGGAAAUGAGUCAACCGUCAUUGGGUGAGACACAACAAAGGUUACUUCCAGCUAUGGAUGAAAUGAACAUUGAUGGAAAUAAUUAUAGAGAGAAGAAGAAGAGAUUAACAAGUAACCAGAUUGAUUCACUGGAGAAGAGUUUCCAAGAAGAAAUAAAGCUAGACCCUGAAAGGAAGAUGAAGCUUUCAAGAGAGCUAGGGCUCCAACCUCGCCAAAUUGCUGUUUGGUUCCAAAAUAGGCGUACAAGGUGGAAGGCUAAGCAGCUUGAACACUUGUAUGAUGUUUUGAAACAAGAAUUUGAUGUUGUCUCCAAGGAAAAACAGAAACUUCAAGAAGAGGUUAUGAAGUUGAAGGGAAAGUUAAAAGAGCAAUCAGGUGGUAAUUUUAGGACACAAACAUAUGUUGAAGAAACAGUAGAAAGCACAUCAGAAGGUCUACGUUGUUCUAACAAACCAACAAGUAGUAGCAUUCAACAAGCUGUUCCAGAUCAGGGAUACAAUAACAACAACAACAGUACUACUUUCAUUGUUGAAGAUUUUAAUAACUCAGUUUCAAUGCCUCCUAAUCAAUGUCACUGGCCUGUAUUACCUAAUUAUUAUCCCUAAUCUAUCUACAUUACAAGUCAAAGUAGUUUUAAGUACUCUAUGAGUAGUAGUGAGUGACUCAGUUAAUUUUAGUGUACUAGUAGUUAGGUAUUAAUGGUUUGAGGACUGACAUUAAGAUCCAUUCAGAACUAUAUGAGUUAUGAGUCAUAAUGCAGUAGUGAUUUGAUUCAAGGAAGGGUAAAAGUUAAGUACUAAAGUAGUAGUAGUUUCCAAUUCUUUAGUUAAAGUUUUCUACGUACUCUGCUUUUAGGUAGAAAGAAAAGGACGGUAGUUGUAAUGCACACUAUUUUUUUUACCACGUUGUUUCAGAGAGAAAGAGCAGAGGAUUCAGGACA